AUGGCUCGGUCUCCUCCCCCAGCCGCAAUCAACGCCUCCACGGCGGCCCUGACCGGGUCAACCAUAACCAGCCAGCAGAGUUCGGAUUUGCCGCUGAGAAACUACCCGUGCCCCUCAGAAGCCGCCGAUGAGCCCGAUCCCAGUGACUUGCUCCCGGCGGCGUCCCACUCCGCCUCCCCCCAUCGAGCCCCGCCGCCAGAAACCCCGAGCUCCAUUGCCGCCGAGUACGGUGAUAGCAACAGGGACGCGGCUCCCUCCGCGGCGGCCAUCACCAACAGUGUCUUCCAGUCUUACAGCCGAUUUAGGUCACGCUCAGGGCCUUCGAACGCGAGUCACGGGGUGGUCCUUGGCACGGCACGCAGCAACUCCCCAGCGCCCGGCAGGUCACACUCGGAGAGCAGGUCUCAGUCAUUUCAGCGCAGGGAGCUCAGCCCCGCCAGCGAGGAUAUUCCUGAAGUCCAGAGAUUCCUUCGCUCCAUGAGCCCACCAAACCCCAUGGACGAGCUCGCCAAGGAGAACCGCAGCCUUCAGCAGCGCAUUGCCGCCUUGCAGCGGACUGAGCGAGACUUGCUCAACGACAACCAGGAGCUGGCUCGCAGGUUGGCCUCGAACCAGAAGCGGCAUGACACUCGGCGGCAGCGCUGGAAGGAAGAGCUGGUCAACAGGGAAAAGCUCUUUGAAGCACGGGUCAAAACCCUUGAGUCCAGGCUGGCCCGACAGGAGGAAGAACUGAUUCGCAUCACGCUCGAUCGGUCCAGAGACACCGUCUUGAAUGACAGCAUCAUUUCAUCAUGGUUUGCGUCCAAGGCAAAGACCUGGCGAGUGUGGGUUGACGACUUUGCCCAUCGAGACCCCGACCGACUUCAAUCCGGGCUCCACCCUCUGCAGUUGCGGGAGCUUUGCGACGGUGUCCGGCAUUUCGUUCGCCUUAACGAUAAAGGUGACCUUCCCUCCGAGCUGCUGGCAAGUUCCGGCAGCGAUGGAACUCGGAUGGUCCGACUUCUCCUGCAGGGAAUGCUCGCCAACUUCAUCAUAUCGGAAACACUGUCAUCUCCAUUCUGGGUAUUCGACGCCGUCUCCGGCAACUCCCUUGAGGCGGAAAGUCCCAGCGUGCCGCGCUUCAACUCUGUGUCACCAGUCGGAUUCCGGAUGGACCUCGCCAUGUGGAACUUCAGCGUUGGCCCACCGGGCGAUGUCAGGUCCCCUCGUCCCAUGGUCUUGCCUCACGAGUCCCUGGCUGAGCCCCAAGAUAUGCGCAAGCUUCCGCGGCUGGUGACAGCCAUACAACCACCCAGUCUCUCUACCGGCUCAGCCGCAGGCUUGCUGGACCAGGAUAUCCCCACAAGACAAGCAAUGGAGAGCUUGUAUCGGCUUCUGUCAAAGACCGAGGUCCGGCUCAGGUAUGCGGGUAGGUUGAAGGACAAGUUCUUGCGAGGUCCAGCUCGGUUUCUGCUCCGCGACCAGGAUUCGGCCGGCAUCGAGAAGCUUGAGCGUCGGUUGCUGCAAGAGAUCGAUGCGACCCUGCGCUUCUCGUGUCAGUUAUGGUGCCGCCACGAUACUCCUCAGGUGCGAGGCCUGCAUGACCUGAUCGAGACGGCAUUCAACAACUCCCGGGACGAUAUCGAGCUGUGCCAGGCCCAGGCACCGCUCCAUGUUCAGUCACCCCGAGGUCCUAACGCUGAUGAUGCGCCCCCGGGAUACCACGAUGGCCACUCGGUCAUCAUGGUUGUCCAGCCUUCCGUUGGCAUCAGCACAAGCACUAGUACGGUACAAGGUGCCAAGGUCAAUUACAAGGUCAAUCCCAAGGUCUGGACCAAGGCUAGUGUACUCGUGGCAACGCCAAAACUUCCCGUGCGGGAACCACCAGCCUUGCAGCAGAACGGAUCUCCUGGUGCCACUACCCUCAAGGCUACGGCCAAUACCGCCUCCGUCAAGGCCAUGCUCGAAUCGCCCAGCCCCGUAUCACCACCGAGCUCUGCACCACCUCCUCCCGUCCCACCCAAAGAUGCCAAAGAAUCAGCUCUGAUCCUGUUGCCGAACAUUGCGUUCAAAAACCUGUCGGCCCGGGCACCUAAACAACUACCAAGCCUGGCCAUUUCACUUGCUGCGCCUCCGAUGGUCUCGUAAGAACAGAUGAUUUCCGGCGCAUUCGGGGUGAAGGGGGGCCGCAGGUCCCGUGGAUGCCUAAUAUUGAUUGAGACCC